AUGUGGCAGGAAGCUAGGAAGCAAGAAAAACACAUCAAGACCUUGAUGGUCGACUACAAACGACGAGCGGAACGCAGAAGAGAUUAUUACGAAAGAAUUAAACAAGAUCCUAUCAAAUUUCUCCGCGUCUACGGCCGUCCGGCCAAGCUCCAUUUGGAUUCAGAAGUGGUAAAAGCCGCUGAAAAUCCCAAUAACAUGAUGCCAUGGACCGGCGACCCUAGCAUUCUCAUCGAUCGCUUUGAUGCCCGGGCUAAUUUGGAGCACUACGAGGGACAGAUUCCUGAUGAUCUCAAUGCGUUACGUACACAGAACGUUUUCUAUCGCGUGACGGAAGCUAUGGCUCUGAAGCAAAUCGAUUUGGAUGAAAAAUAUGGCGAUCUUGAACGGAAGCGUAAAGAGGAAGAAGAAGCGAGUAAAAGAUCGCAAGAACCGAAGGCUGCAAUUGGUUUCACUUACGAGGACAGCCAUCCACCGUCAACACCGACCGGGACUGCUUUAGCCCCCACAAUAGGAGCCACGGCAAUUCCCGAGGACAGUGAUUCAGAUGAAAAGGCUGAUAGUGACAUGGAUAUCGAUGUGGAACUGGAUCUGGCCACACUCAGUGUGGACGGUCGUCGUCAGUUGGCCAAAUCAGCGGCCAGUUUCGGUUUGCAUGCGACCGAUUUUUUGCGUCUGUUAGAUGCAGAUCAGCAAUUGGAAACCGAAUUGCGUCUGGCCAAAGCGCUCGAAGAAGAGAAACUACAGUUGGCAGGUCGAAAAUCACGUCGUGCGCGUCGCAUUUUACGGGAACGACGCGCCCCGGAUAAAUUUCCAAAAAUGCUCGGCACAAAGCGGACAGUCUAUCUUUCUGCAAGUUCAUCUGAUUCGGGCGAAUAUCCUUCGGAUGAAGAUGACGACCCGGACGAACUGGAUGCAUCCGUCAGUCCGAACUCUCGGGCGGCUGCUUUGCGCGAACAGAGAGCUAAGGCGAAACCGAUUUUGACCACGGCACGCGGGCCUUCUGUGCUAAUUGGGGGAAUGACCUCAAUUGGACUGUGUCGCCGUCGACGCUCACAGCAUGCGGCAUCUGGUCGUCGAUCCGGUUCGUCUUCAUCCUCGUCUUCGAGUACCGGGAGUGAUCCACGUCAUUCGUCGCAUCACGUUCGAGGUGGUAAUCGCUUUCGAGCCGGUCAUCGUUCCAGUCGUGAUUCCUCGCGUCGUCGCACCAAACGCUCUCGUGUUGAAUAUAUCACCACUUUCGGUGACCAUGAGGAUGAUGAUCAUGGUGAUGAUGACCGAUCAGGUAAAGCUGACAGUGUAACCGAUCGCAACUCUCUGAUGUCCGGGCCCCCUUGGUUAGCGAAAAAACCGGGAACUGCAGCUACCGCCCUAGCUGCAUCCGUCGUUUCCAAAUUGUUAGGCUCGGACAAACUGCCGCGUAGCUCCCCGUCAGUGUCACUCCCAUCCCGAUCCAGCGCUUAUGGUCCAACCCAGUCACAAAGUGGUUCCCGAUCUCAGCAGCAACAGUUAUCUCGUAGACGUCGGUCCUAUGGCAGUCGUCAUCAUCAGUCUCUCGAAGUCGAACUCGUUCACGAUCCAUUUCGUCUCGAUCACGAAGCCCCCGAUCCCGUCGUGGAUCUUCGUUCUACGAUCGAGGAAGAACCGUUACACGCUAUCGUCGUUCCUCUCCGACAAGACGAAGGACCGGAUCAAGUCGGGACUCAGACAGACGCCAUGGUGCGCAUUCAUCUUCUCGUCGUCGUUCGAGCUCCUCGUCGCGUGAUCCUUCGGGUCACUCGGUUUCACGGUAGCCCGACAAAACGUGAUCCCACACCGCCUGUUAGGCGACGCUACUAUCGUCCCGAAUUAGAAUCGGAUGAGAACUCUAGCCUAUCCGGGGGUUCCGAUGAGGGUAGUGGAAAAGAAACCGGUCGUUUGACCGACUCGCAAUCUUAUCGGCACGGUCCGGAUUCACACAACAUCGCGGGUAAGAUGAUGACUGCUCAAUCGAUCAGUGGCGAGCAUAACGCCAGCUCCAUGACCAAAACACCAUCCACAAAUACUGGUGGCAGUGGUGUUGGUCCUGGAGGAGUCACACCUCGCAUUACCCCGCAGGAGUUGCUUAAACGCCGUGUUCAGGCACAACUAACAAAAGCAUUUAAUGCGGACAAGAAAGCUGAGCUUGAGAAACAAGUCCAAUUGGAACAGGAACGCCAGGUAAAUUUCUCCGAAUCUUGUGUGUUUGUAAAUCUACGCACACACACACACACCAUUUCUGUACCUACCGCAAUUGUAGUACGCUUAGUCUGGUAUAUGAUACCCGGUUAA